GCAAAAUUGACGGAAAAAACACUGGCCAUCGACCACGCUUCACCUUGUAUUUAUUUUUUCGCCCAGAGAUAUUGAAUUUCCUUCUGAAACUUUCAACGUCAGGUCGUUAAUAAUUUCUCGACCGACAGGAUGAGCUUAACGCUGUAUUACGAUCUGUUGUCGCAACCAUCGAGGGCACUGUACAUCUUUUUUAAAACGGUGGGCAUUGACUUCGAGCCGAAGGUUCUGCACCUAGGCCGAGGCGAUCAAUUGUUGCCGAGUUUUCGCAAAGUCAACCCGUUUCACAAAGUACCCGUUAUCGUUCACGACGGAUUCGUGCUGACCGAGAGUGUAGCGAUCGCGCGAUAUAUCUGCCGCGAAUACAAUCUGCCUGAUCACUGGUAUCCGAAAGAUUGCCGAGCUCAGGCCAAAGUCGACGAGUAUCUGGAAUGGCAGCAUCUCAAUACGAGAUUACAUUGUAAUUCGUAUUAUUAUCUCAAGGUUUUGAUGCGCAGAUUCGAGGCCAGAGAACCAACAAAAUCUGAACUCGAGCAGCAUCUCCAACGUAUGGAAAUCUGUUUGGAUCAGAUCGAGAAUAUCUGGCUCAAAGACAAAUCGUUUUUGAUCGGCGACGAAAUCAGCAUCGCCGAUAUAUUCGGAGCGUGCGAAAUUGAACACGCUCGAAUGGCAGAAUUCGAUCCACGUAAAAAUCGACCAAAAUUAUCCGCCUGGCUCGAUAGAGUCAUUCAGGUAACGUCGCCCCAUUACAACGAGGCCCACGCAAUUGUCGAUAAAUUGAUCGUCAGAAACAGAGAGAAAGCGAAACUAUUCGAACAGUCUCUGAAAGUCAAGAGUCGAUUGUAAAGUUUCUAUUUUUUUUGUUAGUUUAACUAAUUGGUUUGAAUUUUACUGUAUUAGCGCCAGUGCCAUCGAUUUUGUAUAUUUUCAGUUUAAUAAA